AUGGAUCCUAAUUCUUAUAACAACGCGUCUAAGUUUGUUGAUCUGCUUACUUGUCAACAAAUUGUGUUCGGUUUUCCUCAAGAUAGUGUCCAACUAUCUUCUUCUCAAGUCCCCUAUUUUGGAACUCAAGCUCACGAAGCUUCAAACUUUGCUGAAGAGGGUCCUGCAGAGCGUAGAGAAAGGAAGCAGUGGACGCCAAUCGAUGAUCUUGUACUCAUCAGCGCAUGGUUGAAUACAAGUAAGGAUGCUGUUGUAGGAAAUGAGCAGAGGUGUGGUACUUUCUGGAAGAGGGUUGCAGCAUACGUUUUCGCAUCUCCUAAGGUUAUUGAACACAUAGAGGCAAGUAAUUGUAAACAACGCUGGCAGAAGAUUAAUGACAUUGUCAAUAAGUUUUGUGGGGCGUAUGAAGCAGCAAGUAGAGAGAGAAGUUCUGGUCAAAAUGAGAAUGAUGUUGUCAAACUUGCUCAUGAGAUUUUCUACAACAACCGUACAAAAAAAUUCAAUCUUGAGCAUGCUUGGAAAGAGCUGCGUAAUGAUCAGAAAUGGUAUCAAGGCGCCAGUCGUCCGCCGGGUGUGAAGGCAGCUAAGGCCCAGCGUAACAAGAAGGAUUUGGCAGCGGAGAAGAAGAAGGAUUUGCCAGAUGGGAAGGUGGUGGCUGCGUUUGAAAAUAUGUGGAGCAUCAAGAAGGAAGACUUGGCUUUGAAAGAGAAGCUGUCAAAGAUGAAGAUGCUUGAGUGUCUGCUUGCAAAAUCAGAACCUUUAGCUGACUAUGAAGAAGCUCUGAAGAAGAAGCUUAUCACUGACCUGUUGCCUUAA